AUGGCCGUCCGCAAAUUGAAAAAGGUCCUGGCGGUACAAAUCAGACGAACGAGCAAGUUCACCCACGGACUGAUGAUCGAGAGCACUUCCGGCGAUGACGUCAGCACGAAUUCAAGAUGGCGCUGCACGGAGAAGUACCCUGGCCAGGGAUGGACUAAACUGGAUUUCGACGAAACUGAUAUAGCGCACGCAGUUGAGUACGAACGGAAUGGGGACGAUGAUGACAGGGGCGGGAAUUAUCCGACGAAGAUAAAAGGAAUUUCCGCCAGGGCGAUAUGGAUUGGGACGAAAAACAAGGACGCUGCUCAGAUGUUUUGCCGGAUGUCUGCCCUAAUAGACAGAGCCAUAGACGAGGUUAAUCGGACGGGACGCCCAAAGACAUUCAUGGUCGUCCCUAAAGGGAAUGUCUCAGUCAAUGAUGGCAAAACGAAGCAAGAGACUAUUAGAGAAAAAGCGAAGGUCACACCAAUGGUAGAACUGGCGGAAAGAUUGCGAAACGUUAAAGACGCCUUGUUACAUACCUCCCAGACAGACCAAUCACCAACCGAUAAACCGCAACCGCAGCAGCAACCGCAACCGCAACAGCAACCGAUUCUGCAACAGCAGCAACAGCUCUACGAACAACAGCAGCAACUUCAACAGGAGCAGCAACUACUGCAGCUGCAGCAGCGACAAAACUUCACCCAGCAACAGCCUCAAGAGACCAAAUCGCCAGAAAAUUUGAAAAAUCUAAACUCUACCCAAAAAGAACUACUGGAGCAAAUAAAAAUGCUUCAAAAUAAGUUAGACAACAGACAGGACGUAACAACGCAGAGUUUUCUAGCCACAAGACAACGUCAACCUCUCGAAAACUUCUCGCCACAGCUUGGCGAUGCCAACCAGCAAAAUACUGAAAAUGUUUCACCGGCUCUCCGCGGUACCAGCCACCAGCAAAAUGUUGAAAAUUUUCCGCGACUGUCCGGCGACACGAGCCAGCAGCAUCAAUAUCUCCUCCAGAAACCCCCAAUUCAACCGUCACAUCUCAAUAGAUUUCCCAACCAACAAAACUUCACCCAACUACAACACCACCAACAACAACAGCAACAACAACUGCAACAUCAACAACAACUGCAACAACAUCAGCAACUGCAACAUCAACAACAAUUACAACAUUAUCAGCAACAACUACAGCAACAACAACAAAAUAGCAGAGGUGAUAUAAAAGAAAUUCAACAGAAAUUGGUGAAUAAAUAUCUACAAGACAAUCCGCAACAACAGCCAACAACUCCUACUGCUACAAAUAAAACUAUUAAAUCUCAGAGCAAGAAGAUAAACUACACCACCUCUACAAAGAAGUCCGUGCACAUCACAGCCCCCGCAAAGACCCCACCACCACCACUAUCGCCUUCCCUGACGGACAUUUCCCUCAUGACGUCAUCGUCAGUCGACAAAAACAACAAAAAAAUAAAAAUACCGAAAUCGGCGCCGCUAACGGCGAAGCCACACAAGCGGCUGACGGCUGAGCAGGAAAGACUGCAGCGACAAGUAGCUUACCAGCAAGCCACGCAGGCUCUUAGAGAUCGCGCUCUUGUCGCUGCUGCUACUGCAGCUGCAAAACUUAAAAUCGAGAAAAAUGAUGAUCGGGCUGUUGAAACUUUCGGCAAAACAACCAACGAAGCAUUGCCGAUGCAAACAUCGCCGGUUCAAAUCGACACGCGUGCACAAACCGCAACUACUGCAACCACAACAGCUGCAGCUACUACAACCGCUCCAACGACAACAAUAGCUGCAGCCACACCACAACAGCUGCAGCAGCAAUACUUACAGCAACAACAGUUAAACCAACUUCUACUUCAACGCCAACUUCGAUACCAGCAACUUCUCAACCAACAGCGUCGACUGCAGCCGGUUGCAGCAACCAACCUGCUGCAACAGCAACAACUACACCAACAAGUUAAACAACUCAUAGACCAAGAGAUGUAUCAGAGACAUCAGCAGCAGCAGCAGCAGCAAAUUCAGCAGCGACACCAACAGCUUCUCCUACAGCAGCAGCAGUUGCUGGAGGAGCAGCGCCGUCAAAACGAAGACCCAGAGAUGAUCAAGCAAAAAAUUUUGAAAGAACUGAAGGAGAAAAUUAAUGAGAAAAAAAGUAAAAGUGAAAAGAAUUUUCAUCCCACAAAAAGGAAGACUUGA